CGAAAAAAGAUCAAAUUUUGGAUUGAGAUGCAAACCCUAAUUUUGAUCAAAGAUUUGAAUAAAAAUGGUAUCUUUCUGCAGAUUAGUAAUUAGCUUUUCCUUUUCCUAAGUUACACGUCACGGAUCACACAAAAGGAAACAUUUUUUUUUGGGGGGCGAUGUGGUGAGUGAAUUUUUUUUUAGUUAUGAAUUGAUUUCCACACAUUUGCCAUCUCCAAACACUUCGCGGCAGAGAUGGGCUUCCUCAUGGGGAGCUCUUGCAUCUCCCCAUCUCCUCCUCUUCAUCACUCUCGAUUUUCAUCAUCACCAUCGUCUUCUCCGUCGCUCUCUGCGCUUCUAUGCUCUCGCAAUGCCGCCGGAUUCAGGCGGAGGCGGCCGCCGUCGGCUUUUCUCCGUCGUGAAGGUGGCUUCGACGCCGUCUCCGCGAAGAGGAGGGCUGUUCUUUUUGUGGGUAUCUCGGUUAUUCCUUUUUUGCAGCUUCGAGCUCCGGUUAUGGCGGAUGCCGGAGAAAGUGAGUUAAAGGUAUCAAAACAGAAUCGGGAAACGGAGCUUGCAGCUAAAGAGGGUAAUGCCCCAAAUCCCUUCCUAUCUCUCUUAAAUGGCCUCGGAAUAUUUAGUGCCGGAGUUCUUGGCGCACUUUACGCACUGUCACGGCAGGAAAAUGAAGCUGCCCAAGAAGCCAUCAACUCUCUGAAGAAGCGGUUGGAAGACAAAGAAGCUGCGUUUAUUUCAAAGGAGAAAAGCUUUGAAGCAAGAAUACAGACGGAGCAGGAAGAGUGGAGAAAGCAACUCCAAAAGGCAAAAGAAGAGAAAAUGCUGUUGGUUAGCCAAUUGAAUUCAGCGAACGAGACAGUCACGGGAUUAGGCCGGGAGCUAAGCAGCGAAAAGAGAUUAUGUGAAGAGCUUAAGGCUCAAAUCAGAAGUCUUCAAGCGGAUUUGUCAAAAGCCAAGGAAGAGAAAAAGUCACUCGAAGAACAGCUCAAGGAAAAGCUUGAUACCGUUGAACUGAUGCAGGAAAGGAUUAACUUGCUCGGUCUGGAGCUGAAAGAAAGUGAAGAAAAAUCUCAAAGUAUCGGUGAUUCUUUGGCCGAAAAGGAGUUGGAGCUGAAGAACCUCGGUUCUACCUACGUCCUUACGAGCCGUGAACUUGACGAGGCAAAAUCAGAAAUCCUACGGCUGAAUGAUGAACUCUCGAGGAAUCAGAAGGAGCUGGACUCGAAAAAUUCCGUGAUCGAGGAGUUGAAUAACAGAAUAAGCGCCUUAGUGGAUGAGAGAGAUGGUUUUAUGAAGAAAAUUGAUGAUAUUUUAAAAGAUUACGACGCUUUGAGAUCAACUUCUGAAGCCCGGGCAGCUGCAGAUGCUGAGCUCUUGGACGGGAAAGAACUUGAGAUUCAGAAGCUGAAGGAAAAGAUUCAACAGGCGGCAGAUGAACUGGAGGAGAAAAAAUCCAAAAUUGCCGAUUUGAUUCGGGAGUGUCAAGAUUCAAACCAAAUGUUGGAUAAAGAACGGGCUAGCACAGAACAUUUGAGAGAUGAAAAGGAGGCCAAAGAGAAAGAGCUUGAGGCAUCGAAAAACCGGGAGUCCGGCCUGGAAAAGCAACUGGAUGAAUCAAACACUAUGUGCACAAAGCUGAAGUUGGAGGUUUCCAGACUUGAAGCUGAAUCCAAAGAAGCCAAUGAAAGGCAUGAGAAGAUCCUCGGAGAGGCCAAAAGAGAUCGAGAGGCAUUGGCCAGCGAUCUUGAAAUGAAGGAAGAGCUUCUCGAGAAAACGAAAGACGAGGUGGAGAGAAAGAUCCAUGAACUCGAAGAGUUAACCGAGAAGAACUCUAGCCUUCAGGAGGAGCUGUUGGAAGUUCAUCAGAGAGCUGAAACCGCGAGAAAGGAGUUAGAAGAGGAGAAAGAGAAGGUUUCGGCGUUUCAGAAAGAGGUGGAAGUGAUGGAAAAGCAGAUCUCCAAGGACAAGGAGGCGAGGAAAACCCUCGAAGGAGACCUGGAAGAAGCGGUGAAGUCACUGGACGAGAUGAACAAAAACACGUUUUCUCUGUCGGGAGAGCUCGAGAGAGCGAAUACCCUUGUCUCCGCAUUGGAAGACGAGAAGGAAUCGAUGCAGAGAUCAUUGGAAGAGGCGAAGAAGGGAUCGAAAGAAGCCCGGGAGAACAUGGAAGAUGCACAUAACCUGGUGAUAAGACUUGGGAACGAGAGGGAGACGCUGACGAAGAAAGUGAAGAAGCUGGAGGAGGACUUGGCCUCUGCGAAAGGGGAGAUACUGCGAAUGAGGAGCCAAAGGGAUGGUGUGGAAGUAGUGAAUAGUAGUAAUGCGAAAGAGGAGAAACCGAGAGUAGGCACCACCAACACGGUUGCUGUGAAGAGAAGUGGUGGAAGGAGGAGGAAGACCAACAACGGUCCUUGAAGUAGAUAAAGGUGAUGACUUUUGUAUUCCGCAUUCUCUUUGUAUUGUUCUGCCACCAGAGAUAUCUUCUAUGUAAAUUUUGACAAAGAGGCAAAGUUUGGAAAUCUAUAUAUAUAUAUA